AUCUACCUAAUUAGUUGGGCACUGAAAUUUCAGAACUUAAUGACUUGUGUUUGUGUCUGCAUCUGUCUCACUGAGGGUGUGACCUGAGUCUAUCCCAUAAGAAUUCCCUGGGAAUCCCUGAAGACAGAGCUUGUCGCUCUCCCAUCAGACUAGAAUACCAUGAGGAAAGGGGUGUGUCUGAUGCGGCUCCGAGGUCAGGGCUGCGUUUCCUCCAUUAGACUGGGGCUCCCUGAGGGGUAAACCUGCCUCCUCCAACAGACUGAAAGCUCCCUAAGGGAGGGGCCUGUGUCUCCCCCAUAAUACUGGGUGCCAGCUGUUUUCAGGGCUGGUGAACCACCCUUCAGACUGGGGCAAGCUCCCCGAGGGUGGGGCUGUAUUUCCCCCUCAGUCAUGUGGGUUCCAUGACAGCAGGACAAUAUCCACGUCACCCUUCACCACGAUCUUCAACGUUCAUGAUGCUUCUCCCUCUGCUCUGGCCAGACCUUAUUCCACAAGCCUUGUCUCCCCAGGUCCCCCCGCUGAGAGCGCAUACACAAAAAUGAGACUCCUUGAAGGGGAGACUCUGUCUGUGCUGUGCUCCUACAAGGGCUACAGAAACCGCGUGGACGGCAAGGUUUGGUGCAAAGUCAGGAGGAAGAAGUGUGAGCCUGGCUUCACCCGAGUCCGGGUGAAGGGACCCCGCUACUUGCUGCAGGACGAUGCCCAGGCCAAGGUGGUCCACAUCACCAUGGCGGCCCUCACGCUCCAGGACUCUGGCCGAUACUGGUGCAUGCGCAACAGCUCCGGGACCCUGUACCCCAUGCUGGGCAUCCAGCUGGACGUGUUUCCAGCUCCCAAAACUGAGAGGAACGCUCCUUUCACACAUCCGGCCAACGUCCUCAAGAGUGAAACUGUUACAACUGGCCAAGCCCCUACCUCAGGCCCUGAUGCCCCUUUCACCACUGGCGUGAUGGUGUUCACCCCUGGACUCUUUACCUUGGCUACCCUCUUGGCCUCCACUGGACCUGCCUCCAAGAGAGGCUACAGCUUCACUGGUACCAGCACCACCAGAAAGGGAUCCAGGAGGACCACGGAGUCCCAGACAGUGACUGCGUCUCCCAGCAGUGCCUCUGCUGGCCAAGAAUCCAUCUCCGCUAAGUCUGGUCACCCCAGCACCGUAUCGUCCACCACAGGGCUCUGCCCCACCAGCAGGUCUCUCCUCAACAGACUACCCUCCAUCAGGCACCAGGAUGAUUACUCCACUGUGCUUGUGGUGGUGCUGACCUUCCUCCCGUUGCUGAUGCUGAUCGUGGUCUAUGGGUUUUGGAAGAAGAGACACAUGGGAAGCUACAGCAUGUGCAGCGAUCCUUCUAGACGUGACCCACCAAGAAGGCCAGAGCCCCUGUGGAAGCCUGCUUGAUCUGAGGCCACUUACACAUGGGGUGGGGAGCUUCUCCCAGAGUGGCCCCAGGGGGUUAGAGGAGUGGUGAAGACUGGGGCCAGUCUGGAUCAGAUGAAGUUGGAGGACUUGUGCAAUGCUGGACUCACCCAGGCCUUCCUAUAACCAGAGGCUGCCCUCCUGAGCAGCCCCACAGCCCGGUGUUCUCCUGGGCUGCAGGAAUCUGGGGAGGGUCCCAGAGCAAAGGGCCUCAGGCAGGAAGUCCAGAGGAAAUGUGUCCAGUGGUUUCUGCUCAGAGCCACAGACUCCGGUGCUCUCGGUGGAGGGCAGGGGAACCCUGGGAGUGCUGUUUACAGAGAACCUCAGCUCCCGUCUGCCUCAGAAACCCUUACUAUCAGGCUGAGCUGCUCCUCCCCACCAGUGUCACUGUGUCCUCCGCUUCCCUCUGCUCUGCUCCAGCUUCCCCUAAGCUUAGGGAAGAGUUGGGCUCACGAGUCCCAGAGGCGGCGAUGUCCCAUCCUGGAGGACAGGAGACAGUGACUAAGAGCUGGGGACCCACAGAGGGAUUGGCACUUCCCCCUUCAGGCCACGUGUCCUCUGCUGGUCCUCUGGAUGGCCCUGCCCUGACUGGGGCUGCUCCUCCCUCCUGUCUGGGGACCCUGCAGAGCCCAUGCUCUCACUGCUGCCACCUACUGGCCGCUGCCUCCUAAGAAA